CAGAGAUCAAGACUAAAGUUGUAGAAAUCUUUGUUCAUAAACUCUUUUAUUAAGAAGCUAAAAUGCCAAGAUCAAGGGGAUCAGAUAUGGCUCAAAGGCAAUCACCUAGAGGUCCUUUACAACUCAGAACAUCAAGCUCUGAUUCUGAUCAGAGAACUCCUAAAUUGGGAAAUCAUCGAUCGCCACGAGGCGCUCAAUCUGAUCCACUAAAUCAAAGGAAACUUGGUACCAGAAUUGCAGAUUUGGACUGUCAACUUGGGAAAGCACAAGAAGAGCUCAAAAAUCUCAAGCAGCAGUUAACUUCAGUUGAAGCAGCAAAGAAAGCAACUCAAGAACAGCUUGAGAAAAAAACCAAGAAACCUACUAUCCCACAACCAGAGGAAAUCCAAGAACCAACAGAAACUGAUGUUUUUGAAGUUCCAGUUGAGAAUGUUAAAGUGAAACCACAAAAUGUUGAGAUUUGCAACCCCAUUAAUGAAGAUGAGCUAAAGAUCACAGCUUUAUCAUAUGAGGAGAUGGAUUUGAAGAAUGAAGAAAUAAGCUUGUUGAAAGCCAAGUUGGAGGAGAAAGAAAAAGAGAUUCAAGUGUUUUGUCAAGAAAAUGAGAGCCUGAAAAAAGAGCUGAAUGAUAAGACACUGGAAAUUUCAUCCACUAAAGCUAAAGCAGAGGAAAUGAAUCUCAAGUUUGACCAAGUAAUUCAAGAACUUGAAACAACUAAGAGUAAUGCUUUUGAGAUAAAUGAGAAACUUGAAGAAAGCGAAAAGGCGAAGGAGGAAUUAGAGAGUGAAAUGAAGAAACUGAGAGUACAAACAGAACAAUGGAGGAAAGCUGCAGAUGCUGCAGCAGCUGUGCUGGCUGGAGAAGUGGAGAUGAAUGGGAGAAGGCUUUCUCAGAGGUGUGGAUCAAUGGAUUAUAAGCGCUACGGUAAUGUAUUCGAACCAGAAGUUGGAGGAUAUGGUAGUUACAUGGGUUACCCAGGGUUAUAUGAUGACUCUGAUGAAGGUUUAGGGCAUGUGAAGAGGAAAGGUUCUGGUAUUAAGAUGUUUGGCGAUAUGUGGAGGAAGAAGAGCCAGAAAUAAGCUAUUUUUAACACUCAGAAAACUUCUGUCAAAUGUUGUGAUGACCCAAAAGGUAUCACUUGUGUUGUAAUGAAAUUCUACAUUUCGAGGCCUUAAAAACCUCCCUUAGCACCACCUUGAUUUGCGU